GCAGGUGGAGCCAGCAUGGAGGUGACAGGGACGCAGUUUCACCGCUACUCAAAGUGACGAGCGCAGGACAAGAAUGAAACUGCGCUAAUACCCUGGGUGUCAAGUAAUAGCACAGCUGCCGGCUUCAGUCACCCAGAUAGCCUGAAACCACGCUAGACCAAGCAAUCGAAAUAACUAAUCAAUAAAAUAACAAUAUGAGUUCUUCCUCGGGUCUGGUGUCGGUGGAUUACGAGGUGUUUGGAGAAGUGCAAGGGGUUUUCUUCAGAAAGCACACGGAGGAUCAGGGGAAGAAGCUGAAGCUGGUGGGCUGGGUGAAGAACACGUCCCGGGACACUGUGGUGGGACAGGUGCAGGGGCCGAGGGAGACCGUCCAAAUCAUGAAGAACUGGCUGCGUACUGUGGGCAGCCCCAUGUCCCGGAUUGACAAAGUCACGUUUACCAACGAGACACAGAUCUCAGCGCUGGAGUUCAGCAGCUUCACUACCAGAUACUGAGGAAGCAGGCUUCUUGAGGACCCCCUCCCACCCUCUACAAAGCAAUUCAUAAUAAGGGCAGGAAUUCUCAGUGAAACAAACUUCAUUUAACAGCGAUGCAAUGGUUUGGAUAAUCUGAUGACAGCAAAACUGCUUAUUUGAGUUUCCCCAUUUAAAAAAAUAUACCGUAUUCCUUCAGGUUUAAGACACGCUUUUUAGAUCAAUUUUUUUCUUUUCGAAAAUGAUCCUACGUCUUAAAUUCCAGGACACUUAUGCGUGUGUUAAAAUUGCCAACACAAGACUGCCAGACAAACAUCAACAAAAACGUCAUUGCCUGAUCUAGAAUGAUCAAUUUUCUCAAAUUGAGGGGUGGGAAAUUUUGGUCUGGGUCUUAAAUUCGAGGGCGUCUUAAAUUCCAAGGAAUACGGUAAUACAGCACCUUUAGAUAAAUACAGCGCUGCACUGACCAGCAAAUACCUGAGAUCGAGGGCAGAAAGCGACCCGCCCACACCAAGAUAGGUUAACAAGUAGAAUAACAGAGGGGUUUGGCUAAUUAAAGGGUUACUGUAACACAUGCUCAUAUUGACGAGCUUGAUCAAGUUGUUAAAAUGUUCUUUCCUUGAAUAAAAGGAUUCCACAGAAUAAAAUGCAACUGCAUUGCAGGAUGCAGAUAAGCGCUGUUGAAAUGAUAUUUCAUGUUCGCUUCAGUUAAUCCAAGCGCUUCGUAUUUGAAAAGAUUAAACAUGUUUGUAGCUGCAUCACUGAUCUUGUUGCAGGAGAUCCAGCUUCGAGGUAAUAAGAUGCAGUCUCCUCACAAAUAAAGAAAAAAGUGAAAAAUGCAAUCUCCCCCAACCCACAUGUCAGUCGUGUGAUUUGAUUUC